UCUCUUUCUCUCUCUCUCUCUCUGUGCUUCUUUCAGCCAUGGACAGGCCUCAGUGGCCACAGGAGAUAGUGGUGAAGCCAAUGGAAGAAAUAGUGGUACCCAACACCACAAACUCAAGUAACAGUAAUCCCUCAAAACCAUCAUCAAGCUCUUCAUCUUUUGAAAGAAGGGUAAUCAGACCACAAAAAGCAGCAGCUCAUGUUAACUGUCCAAGAUGUGAUUCCACAAACACCAAGUUCUGUUACUACAACAAUUACAGUCUUUCACAGCCAAGAUACUUCUGCAAGACUUGUAGAAGGUAUUGGACUGAAGGUGGAACACUCAGAAACAUCCCAGUUGGUGGUGGAUCAAGAAAGAACAAAAGAUCAUCAUCAUCAUCUUCAACUGGUUUAUCUCAUCCUUCAGUUUCAAUUUCGAAGAAGCUUCCUGAUCUGUUUGUACCUCCUGCAUCGACAUCAGUACUCUCUCAAAACCCUAGAAUCCAUCAUGGUCAUUAUGGGCAAGAUCUAAACUUGGGUUUUCCAUCCACUAACAAUUUCAAGAAUGUUUCUGAGUUUCUGCAAGUACCCAACUUUGAUCAUGGCACUAGGAAUAUGACCAGUUCUUCAGCUUCAACUACCAGCAGCACAACUACAACUGCUUCAGCUCAGCUUUCAGCUAUGGAACUCCUGACUGGAAUCACGACAAGGGGUACUACAAUCAAUUCCUUCAUGCCGAUUCCAAUCCCUGACCCCAAUUCGGUUUAUUCACCGUCAGGGCAGUUGAUGAUUCCCAUGCCGGAAUUCAAGAUUCCAUCACUUGGUUUUUCUUUAGAUGGAAUGGCGAGUGGUGGCCGCGGUUACGGGAAUAGUCUUCACGAGAGUACUACAGCUGGUGGGACGCUUUUGUUUCCCUUUGAAGAACUGAAAACAAACACACAAACAACUCAUGAAGAUCCUGAUCAUGUUGGACAAACUAGAGAUCAGAAUGGUGAUUCCAAUGGGUUCUGGAAUGGAAUGUUGGGUGGAGGUUCAUGAUUCAGAGCUUAUUAAUAUGAUGAGAUCCAAGAUAUAUAUGAAGAACAGAUCAUCAAGAAAGCUAAAGCCCAGAUUUUUAUAGGGAUACGUAUUUUUAUAUCACAGAUCAGUAGAGAAGGGAAACCUAGUGUUAUGUUAUAUUAAUAUUGGUUAAUUGGGCUUAAUUUGGGGGUACAGAAACUAAUUAAUGUAUUAUGUACAACUUUAUAUAUGUAUUUUGUUGAGUUAAUUUCUUGACGGAAAUUCGUAUGCUUUUC